UUUUACCAUAAAGAAUCACGGGCCCCCAGCUCCCCGCAGACUGACUGGCUCAUCAAACUUGUGUCCUUCGUCCCAAUCUCUUCUUACUUACUCUUCCUUUCCCUCCUACGACUUCUCCUCCUCCUUUGUCCUCAUACUCUCUACUCGAUCCCCUUUUCCCCUCUGUGCCAGCCCAAUCCCGAACGGCGCAACCACCCGCGGCCCCUCCCGACGAGCAUAACCGACAGCUGUGUGAUUACUGCCCUUAAGAAGAGCAGUCCCAGCACCAGCUCCACGGCUACGCUACCCCGCAUCGACGUCGCAGCCGCAUCGCAUCCGCAGUCGCAUCUCAACGAAAAAAAAAAUCAUUUCGUUCCCCCAACGACAAUGAUCGAAGUCGAGCAGCGCCAGGUCCCUGUGGCCACCGAGCCUGCUCCUGCCCCAGUAGCUAUGGAGGCGGUCCCCAUUGCCGCCCCUGUAGCCACUGAGCUCGUGGUCGAAAAGCCCGUGGUCGCAGAGAAGGUUGUUGCUGAGCCCGUAAUCAAUGAGCCGGUGCCCGUCUCUGCGCCUGUGGCCACUGAGCCUGUGGCCGCCCCGAUCCCUGAGCAGAUCGAGGCAGCUGUGGCUCCUGUUGCAGCGGCGCCGGUGCCCAAGGUCCCGGUUGUCGCUGAGGCCCACCUCGUCGACACUUUUCACCCCCCGGAGAAGAUGCUUGCCAAGCACCCCAGCAAGCCCCACUUGGCUAACCUCGAGGAGUACCAACGUCUCUACCAAGAGUCCAUCACACAACCCCACAAGUUCUGGUCUGAGCGUGCUCGCGAACUUGUGUCGUGGGAUCGAGACUUCGAGACUACUCGCCACGGCUCUCUUGAACAUGGCGACGUCUCGUGGUUCAACGAGGGUCGCCUGAACGCUUCCUACAACUGUGUUGACCGUCACGCCUUCGCCGACCCCGAUCGUGUUGCCAUCAUCUACGAGGCCGACGAUCCCGCCGAAGGCCGUAAUGUCACCUACGGCGAGCUUCUCCGUGAGGUCUCCAGGACUGCUUGGGUCCUUAAGCAGAUGGGUGUCCGCAAGGGCGACACCGUCGCUAUCUACCUCCCUAUGAUCCCCGAGGCAAUCAUCGCCCUCAUGGCCUGUGUCCGUAUCGGUGCUGUUCACUCCGUCAUCUUCGCCGGCUUCUCUUCCGACUCUUUGCGUGACCGUGUCGUCGAUGCCAACUCCAAGGUCGUCAUCACCACCGAUGAAGGCAAGCGAGGUGGCAAAUUGAUUGGCACCAAGAAGAUUGUCGACGAUGCCCUCAAGCAGUGCCCCGAGGUCUCACACGUUCUUGUCUACAAGCGUACUGGCUCUGAGAUCCCAUGGACAUCCGGUCGCGACUACUGGUGGCAUGAGGAGGUCGAGAAGUGGCCCAGCUACUUCCCCCCGGAGUCCGUGGCCGCCGAGGACCCCCUAUUCCUGCUCUACACCUCCGGUUCCACCGGCAAGCCCAAAGGUGUUUUGCACACCACCGCCGGUUACCUUCUAGGCGCCGCCAUGACUGGCAAGUAUGUCUUCGACAUCCACCCCGGUGACCGAUACUUCUGCGGUGGUGAUGUCGGUUGGAUUACAGGUCACACCUAUGUCGUAUACGCCCCUCUGAUGCUUGGUGUCACCACCGUCGUCUUCGAGGGCACUCCUGCCUACCCCAACUUCUCUCGGUACUGGGAUAUCAUUGAGAAGCACAAGGUCACCCAGUUCUAUGUUGCCCCCACUGCCCUUCGAUUGUUGAAGCGUGCUGGUGACGAGCACGUGCGCGGCGAGAUGAAGCACCUCCGAGUGCUUGGUUCCGUCGGUGAACCCAUUGCUGCCGAGAUCUGGAAAUGGUACUUCGAGGUUAUUGGCAAGGAAGAGUGUCAUGUCGUCGAUACCUACUGGCAAACUGAGUCAGGCUCUCACGUCAUCUGCCCCUUGGCAGGUGUCACUCCCACCAAGCCCGGAAGUGCCUCGCUACCAUUCUUCGGCAUUGAGCCCGCAAUCAUCGACCCCGUCUCAGGAGAGGAGAUUCACGGAAACGAUGUCGAAGGUGUGUUGGCCUUCAAGCAGUCCUGGCCCAGCAUGGCUCGCACCGUCUGGGGCGCCCACAAGCGAUAUAUGGAGACCUACAUGGAUGUUUACAAGGGUUACUACUUCACUGGAGACGGUGCUGCUCGUGACCACGAGGGUUUCUACUGGAUCCGAGGACGUGUCGAUGAUGUCGUCAACGUCAGUGGCCACCGUCUCUCGACUGCUGAGAUUGAGGCCGCCCUCAUUGAGCACCACGCGGUGGCCGAAGCCGCUGUGGUCGGUGUGGCCGAUGAACUCACCGGACAGGCCGUCAACGCCUUCGUUGCGCUUAAGGAGACUAUUGAAUCAACUGAGGCCCUGCGAAAGGAGCUCAUUGUGCAGGUGCGCAAGAGCAUCGGCCCGUUCGCGGCUCCCAAGGCGGUGUACAUUGUGCCGGACAUGCCCAAGACCCGAAGUGGCAAGAUCAUGCGACGUGUAUUGCGCAAGAUCUUGGCAGGAGAGGAGGACCAACUAGGAGAUAUCACCACGCUAUCUGACCCUAGCGUUGUGGCGAAGAUCAUCCAAAGUGUGCAUGAUGCGAAGCGGAAGUAAAGGGCCGACCAGGCCAGCGAUGCAAUUGAUCUAGUGGAGUUGAUAUACCAAUGGAUACAAGGCAAAUCGGGAAAGGAAACGCAGGUCCAGAACGGACCAGGAUAUUAUCCCGUGCGGUGUUUUGGGGUUGAUGCUGGAUGCUGGAUGCAGCCACGAAAUGAUGAGGAUUUUGAAGGCUUGGUUGGGAACCAACUUAUGAAGGAAUUUUAACUGCAUUGCGUGUUUAUAUAUACAGAUAUUAUUUGGGAUCACUAAAAGGCUCUCAACGAGCAAUCAUCUAUAUUAAACU